UAUAAAUUACCCAGUCUCAGAUAUGUCUUUAAUAGCAGCAUGAGAACGGACUAAUACCGAUGGCUUCCCUGGAGUUAGACUCUUGUAAGCUGCAGUUGGUGAGAGGGUCACAGCAGUAACACAUUCUAACAUCCCUUAGGGGACACCUGGAAUGGUUCAGAUUUUAGGUUUCAGUCCUUGGAGCAAGCCAAAGAAUAUGUAUCCCAGAGCCAGCAGGCCAGUGAGCAGUCGUCCUGUGCCUGCGGCAGUCUAGACAAGAGCUUUAGAAAACCAAGGGGUGGGCAAAGCCCAGCUCAGAGCCCGAGACUGCCACUGGGCCCCAGCAGGUCCCAGAAGGUGGCCUGGGCCUUUUGGCCAUCAGGUGCUGGCAUCUUAGGCCAGGGUAGGUGUAGAAUGGAGCUGGUAGGCCCCUCUGGCUCUACACUGGCCAAUGUCAUUGGUGCUGAAUUGAGUAAGGAUUAAUAAGUCUUCUGUUAAAAAAAAAAAAGUGGUAGGUUGCUGGCUUGGAGCCCAGAGCAGUUGGAAUUUUGGAGCCCAAAGAGGUCAUGGCAAUUGGUUUUUGGCAACUGGUCUUUGGGAGAAAAGAAACCACAGUUUUGGCCAUAGUUCAAUAUGCCCUAGGCAGGGUUGGGUCACCCCUAGGACAGGGGGUACAUAAGUGGGGAGAAGUUGUGGGCUGUGGACUUUGAAGGCCCUUCCUGAGCUUGGGGAAUUUGCAGUGAUCCUGGAGCAGAGAAAGCAAGCUUGUUACUCACUUUCCCUGAAUGUUUCAUUUCCAGCCAGGUGGGUCUCCUUCCCAUAGAGGUGGUGUGAUUAGAGAAGUAGCUGGCAGAGUCGUCUCAGAGCUCAGUGGGAGUCAGCAGAGGGAGAGGUCCGGCCUGGAGAAGCAUCUGAUCCACUAAUAAAUUGCACCUAAAUCCCACACUCUUAAGCUAAUUUCAGGGGAAAAGACAUUCUACUCAGCUGGUUUUGGGUCAGUUGUCUAGAUUUAUUUCUGCUUUGGAGAGCACAACUGAAAUUUUCUCCAUGAAAAUAGUUGAAGAAAACCGUGGCCUUGGAGCUAGCUAGCCCCCAUUCCCUUCUGUGGCUUGGAACCAAGACACACUGCUUGGGUUUGAGCCCGCAGAGGAACCUCGUUGGAGAAUAACGACCCUGCUACGAUGCACUGCGUUCACCAUGCCUGCACCCUAGUGCCUACACUUGAACCUGGUUUCUUCUUUCCCGAGCCAUUGGCAUCUCUCAGAAGCCUGUGGGGCAGGAGUCUUCCCUUCAACUUGUCUAACCCUUGGGAGCGUCAGCAUCACAAUGCCAGUGAUUUAGUGUCUGAAGAAGGUAAGCAUCAUCCUGGAAUGUGAACAGAAACCAACAGCCCUGAGACUUUAGGCCCUUAUGCCGCAGGUGAGCCUUCUGUUUAUCUUUGCCCUUGUUUCCUGGCAUCUGCCAGCAUCUGCACUUACGUGCAAGCAUGAACGUGAAUUCCUCUACCUAACCAGAGCCAAACACAAAUGGGCAGGCAGUUGUGGACUUAAUUCCGGAGCAAGUGAGGAAUGUUGAAGGGGAGGCUGGCACUCAGGUGGGAGGGAACACAGGGAAAAAGGUGAUUGGCUGCCUGGGGCUGGGGUAGGCGGGGUCGCUGCAGUGAAGUCCGCAAUGCUGAGCUGCAGUCUCAAAUGGAGGAGGGGCACUGUGGGCAGAGGUGAGGAGGCGGCGGAGGGAGGUGAGGAACGUGUGAGAGCCUGGUGCAUCCCGGGAACCUGAGAGAAUGGGUUGCAUCUAUUAAUAGUGAUUAACGUGACAGUGUCAGGUGGACCCACAGCCAUCCCACUGCCCGCUGUGGGGAGUGCUGAGAGUGGGGCAGCAUGGAGGAGAGGAAGCAUGAGACCAUGAACCCAGCUCAUGUCCUCUUUGACCGGUUUGUCCAGGCCACCACUUGUAAGGGAACCCUUAAGGCCUUCCAGGAGCUCUGUGACCAUCUGGAACUGAAGCCAAAGGACUACCGCUCCUUCUAUCACAAGCUCAAGUCCAAGCUUAACUACUGGAAAGCCAAAGCCCUCUGGGCAAAGUUGGACAAACGGGGCAGUCACAAAGACUACAAAAAGGGAAAAGCAUGCACUAACACCAAGUGUCUCAUCAUUGGGGCUGGCCCCUGUGGUCUCCGCACAGCCAUCGACUUAUCCUUACUGGGGGCCAAGGUGGUGGUUAUUGAGAAACGAGACGCCUUCUCCCGCAACAACGUCUUACACCUCUGGCCAUUCACUAUACAUGAUCUUCGAGGUCUGGGUGCCAAGAAGUUCUACGGCAAGUUCUGUGCAGGAGCCAUCGACCACAUCAGUAUCCGUCAGCUCCAACUGAUACUUUUGAAAGUAGCCUUGAUCCUAGGCAUUGAAAUCCACGUCAAUGUGGAAUUCCAAGGACUUAUCCAGCCUCCUGAGGACCAGGAGAAUGAACGGAUAGGCUGGCGGGCACUGGUGCACCCCAAAACUCAUCCUGUGUCAGAGUAUGAAUUUGAAGUGAUCAUCGGUGGGGAUGGUCGGAGGAACACCUUGGAAGGUAUUGGUCUGUGCUCCUCUGCCUGGCUCAUAGCGGAGGGAAAGCUGAUGCUAUCCUACCCCUGGGGUGCGACUGUGUGUGACCAGCGUCUACUCUUUUGAGAGUGUGAAUGUGUGCUUCCCACCCUGAUGGAAUGGCAGGCCGCGUCUUCCUCUAGCCCGCCAGCA